AUGGGGAAACAUCAUCGUAAUCAUUCAUCAAAAAAUCAAGAUGAUCUACAUCCGAAUCAUAGCAGACAUAAAAGUCGUCAUUCUAAAAAGCAUGCUCCUUCUCUGAUAUCGCCCGCAUCACCUCCAGCAAUACAUCAGCGAAGUUAUUCUCCGUCAGAAUCGCCAUCUAAUUCAUUAAAACGUCAACGAAGUGAUUCAAAUCAUAGACGCCAACGUUCAUAUUAUAAUUCUCAAUCAACUCCACCAGGCAGCAGUUUGUCGUCUCCAAGUCCAACAUCAUCUUUGAAACAACAGCAACAAUUACUCAAAAAUACAAUAGAAGAUCCGUUAUUUCUCAUUAAUGGCGGUCCAAAAGCAAAAGAAUUUGCCGAAACAGCGAGAAAAUUAUUAAGUAACCCAGAUUUAGAUCCAGCGACACAACAAAUCGUUCGAGCAAUGGCACAAGCAGCUGUUAAUGUUGGAAAAAGGUUAAACGGAACUAACAACGGACAUGAAGAUGGGACGACAACAACCGCUCUACUAUCACCUACAUUAUCUACUGGUAGCUCGUCAUCAAUAUCAACAACACCACAACAGCCAUUUUCAAAUAGUAAACAUUUUUCAUCAAAUGACACACACCUGUCAAUGCCAACAACACCAGGUAAUGGUGAAAUAAAUGAAGAAUUUGAUUUUAAACGAGCGAUUGAAGAUGCAAUGAAUUUAAAUCAACAAGGUCAAAUACAUGAAGCUCAAAAGCUUUUAAAUUUAAUCCAUGAAAAAAUGUCACAUCAUAAAGAACAUUCUCAUGUACAGCAACAUGAAUUACUCCAAUGUAACAACAGUGAAACGUACAAUCAGUCUCAUACCGGUGAAUAUCAGGUAAAUAGAAGUGUUUUGUAUAAAUGCAGCGUACAUAAUUUAAUAUUUAGGUAAGUUAUGUUUAUUAAACGACCUCUGACAUAUUGAUUGUCUUCUUCAUUGUUUACUUCCACAUCUUAUAAUUAACCUUUCUUUUCUUCAGAAACAUCAGCAACAAAUGACGUUACCAUUUUCUUAUCCACCAGUCGCAAAUAAUACCAGUCAUCACUUGUC